UCCACUCCACAACUCCUUCUCAAGUCAAAUACUAAGAAAUCUUUAGUAUCAAUACUCCGACUCUCCCUUUACUUAGAUACUGACUUUUGUAUACUUCGUAAUUUUCUCGUGCCCCUCGAACGUACACCAUGGCUGCCGUAUCAAGCGUUAUGUCACUAAGCCCAGCCACGGGACUUACAAACAAAACUGCCCUGAAACGGUUUGUUGUACCCUCCUAUGUUCCAAGUCUCAAGAGGAAUGUGGAUUUUCGAGUCAGCAGCAUGUCCAAGAAAGAGCAGCCAGAGUCAGCAGCUCCACCAAAGGUUAGUACCAACUUUGGUGACAUACUAGCCUUCGGUGGGCCAGGACCGGAGAGGAUCAACGGUCGGCUAGCGAUGAUCGGGUUUGUCACGGCCAUUGGUGUCGAGCUUGCUAACGGUCAGGACGUGUUUGCACAGAUACAAAAUGGAGGAAUUCAAUGGUUCAUAGUGACUUCUGCUUUGCUAAGUGCUGCUUCUUUGAUUCCUCUGUUCAAAGGGGUUAGGGCAGAAUCGAAAUCGAAUGGGGUGUUUUCGUCUGAUGCUGAGUUGUGGAAUGGAAGGUUUGCCAUGUUGGGUUUGAUUGCAUUGGCAGUAACUGAGUAUGUCAAAGGUGGUGCUCUUGUUUAAAGUAUUGCAAUUUUUGCAAAAUAUUUGAUGUUGGAAUAAAGUAUAAUCUCUUGUAAUUAAGCAACUACGAAUGAUGAAUUAAUGAAUAUGGGACAUGUUAUGACGACCACUUGGAUUGACUUGUCACACCUUUCCCAAAUGAAUUGUACGUGAUUCUCGUUGUCGA